GACUCUUCCUCCUCAAACUUCCUUUGACCUGCAAAUAGUACCUUCGAACGCCUUUCUUGUUACAAAGUCUUUGUUCUAUCCCGGUCUGCCCAGACUUGACUUCGCCAGAUCAUGUCAGAAACCAAUGCUUUCUCCUUCUCGGGAGUGAACUUCCCUCAAUUCAACUCUACGGAAGCAAACUUGCGAACAGAGAUAGCGACGCUUCACCGUGAGAAAUUCGCACUGCAGCGCAACAUACGACAGCUCGAAGACGCAAAGGGCAUAGCGCAAACGCUAUCCGAUGCCAAGGUUCAAGUCCAGGAGGCUCAAAGGGAGACGAAGCGCGCAGAAGCCGCUGAAAAAGUUGCCCGCGUGGCACUUGCCACCUUCCGCAACUCUUACAACAUGUCGCAGAAUGUGAGAGUAAAAACUCGCGAAGCGGAGAAGCCGGGGAUUGAGGAGAAGGUGAAGAACGGGAAGUUGCAGGCGGAGCCCGAGACAAGCAAGGGUCUCCUGGACAACACGCCAAACAACGCCGGUGACACCAGCGCUGCCCACGCCGAUUGUGAGCGCGCACUGCAGCAACUCGAGUAUGAGUACAAUGAGAGAAUCUUUGCUGUUUCCGAAAACGCACGCAGUAGCGAUGAGACUUGGGAGUCGAAGCUGCGCGCCGCUCUGACUCGAGCUGACGCAGAGACCCAACGGGUGAGAGAGGAGGCUCGUGAGGAGGCUCGUGAGGAAGCUCGCAACUCUGAGCAGAAUGCUGCAAACUGUCUCCGAUCCCAGGAAGACCGUUUCAACGAGCUUGCCAAAGCCUACGAGUCUGAGCGUGGCGAGGCUAACCUUGUGAGAGAGACCAAUGUCAAGCUGCAACUGGAGCUGGACGACGUCAGGGCAGGCAACAUCGGGAUCUACGUCGAGAACACAAUGCUAACCGAUGAAUGCGAAGAACUCAAUGGAAAAAUUGAGACGUUUGAGGCCGAGAAGAAGAUGCUUGAGGAAGAACUUCAAGGACAAAAGAAAAUAUAUUCGCACCUCAGCGAAAUCAACAAUGGCUUACGUUUCGAUCUUACAAACGAACAGUUCAAGGGUCAAGAUCUCCGCCGCGAUCGCAACCAAUUUGAAGAGCGUCUUGCAGAAGCACAGCUGGCGCUGCAGAGCCUGCAGAAUAGCGAAAUCGAAGCUCGCAAUGCAUUGGCAGACGCAGAGAUCGUCAAACGCGAGAUCACCGAACAAUUUCAAGGUCAAGUCUACAGUCUCCAAGAGGAGAUUCACGGGUUCACUCAGCAGACUGAGAAUUACGAGCGUGAAAUUUUUCUCAAAGAUGCACGUAUCGAGACUCUUGAGCACGAAAACAGGCAGUUCGAGAAUGCAUUGAUGGAAGAGCGGAUGCUUAGGCCAACCAUCAGCAGUGUUGACCGCCCGCCUACACUCCCUCAUGUUACCGCCGUCAAUCACAGGUCGAUGUUCGAUGAACUUGGCGAUGAGUAUGACGCAUCUAGCGAUACCUCUUCCGACAUCGUCAUGUCCACUGAGUCUGAAGUCAUCAAUCACGCUUCUAUGGACGUCGCUGUGCCCAGUUUGUCAUUGUUCAUCGGAGGUGCUGUAGCCACGACGCCCCGCGAACAGGAUAGCCGUGCAUCGCUCGCACUGUCUCACAUCAGCGAGGUUCUGGUUUGUGCUCCCGACGAACCUGUCAUCUCGCCCAAGCCGAAAGCUCCAGAACUGAAUCUGUCCACGCAUACAGUGGUAUCCAUCUCGCCUUCAAAACCCACGGGCAUGCCACUGGAUGUAUCGAAGGUCUUUGCAACUCUGGAUUACGCUCCAGCCGAACCUAUGGUUCCGACAACUACCGCUGCUACAACGCCAUCACAGAGGCUCUCUUUGCACACCAGUGCGAUGCUAAACUAUUCACCAGUUGCACCAGCGCCUCGACAACUACAAAAGCUCACUGUAUCGACUGUCCGCACAGGCUUAGACUUCGCUCCAGUCGAGCCAGCGUUCUCACCCUCAUUUGCUCCGGCUGAAUCGCAGCAGCUCUCUAUACACAGCAGAGAGAUACACAACUAUUCGCCGGUUGACGUUGCAGUUCCAGAAGCACAAAUUCUUGCACACUCAAACGUCUCCACACCUCUAGACUACUCUCCAGCCAAAGCGACGAACUCGCUAUCAGUCGCUGAACCGCAGAAGCUCUCUUGCCACAUCACAGAGAUGCUCAACUAUUCACCCGUUGAGCCUGCAGCUCCAAAGGCACAGCCUCUUUCUUUGAACGUGCCGUAUCGUGCUGCUGUUAACGUUCACCCGAAGUCGGUCCCAGGCAGUAGUUUCAUCCUCCCGAACGCGCACGCUAAGAAGCCUAUCCACCGCUUGAACCGCCUGGAGCACAAGGCAGCAAGCGUGCCGGGACAUCGCCGACUUGACACCUUCACCGGCCUUCCUCGGCCUUCCGGUACUUCGGCUCUCGAUCAACUCUCAAAGAAAUGGCCGCUGGCAGACGAAGAGCCUGACGAGAAUACUGAUGAGAUGACUGAUGAGAAGACUGAUGAGAAGACUGACGAGAAGACCGAGUCAGCAAGCUCAAGGUCCAAUUCCACAGUGGCGUUCUCACAAGAAAUGUCCCCUCUUGAUACGUAUGGAUACAAAACGCCUGACUCGAUAUCUACAUUCUCCGAUGCCAGCAUGGAUGUUGUCAGCCUGGAAUUUGGCAAGAACGACUUUCUUUCCUACAUCGCCCGGCCCUUCCUUGUAUACCUCGCAUCCUGCUCGUUUGAGUUCUCAUCUCGCUCUGUUGUGAUCAACGUAGUCGCGAAGAAGAGAGCUCACUCUUACGCGCAUGGUUUGUCCAUCAUCAUCCUGCUGUUCCUCGUCAUCUGUUUCGCAUACAAGUGGUGGAACGUUGGAAACAAGCUCUGGGCCUGGGAACACGCCAAUGGUGUCGGCUUCAACGAAGGUUUCAGCGACAUGCACGACUACCGGGCAGCAUAUGGAUACGUCAACAUGCUGUUUGGUGGACCGGUGCACAACCCAGGAGUCAUCGUGGAAGGCGUCACGACAACUGUCAGCGCCUUGGGGGCAUGGAUGGGAUUCUGAGGAGCUGCUCGAGCAGGCUAUGAAGGCAGA